AUGUACACUCCAUCCGGAUACGGUGCGCUGCCUCGGCACAGCGUCGAGGGUGGCUUAUACCCAACGCAAACGCCGCACCAUGAGGCUGCCCACGGCGACGACAAGGAGAUUAUUUACCGCGAGCUUGCACUCCUGUCGCGAUACACAGCAUCUAUAUGGGCGACACAUUUGCUCGAACUGAGUCUCUCGAUGGUAUCCGUUUUCAGUUUGGGGCACCUGGGCACACUGGAACUUGCCGCUGCAUCGCUUGCGGGUAUGACUGCCAAUGUGACCGGCUUUAGUAUGAUUAGUGGACUGGUGUGCGCGCUGGACACUCUUUUACCUGCAACAUAUGUUCGGCAGCCACGGUAUAUGGGCUUGUGGACGCAACGUGUAGGCGUCGUGGUUUUUUGUGUCAUUCCGCUCAUUAUUCUGCUCUGGCUGAACGCCGAGCGCGGGCUGCUCUUGCUCGGCCAGGACCCAGAGAUUGCGCACCUUGCACGCCAGUUUCUCGCAGUGCUUGCAAUAGGCUUGCCGGGUCAUGCGGUAUUUGAGCUCUGCCGUCGCUUUCUCCAGGCACAAGGGAUGAUGCAUGCACCGACUGUGGUGUUGUUGGUCGUAUCACCGAUCAAUGCCGUAGCAAACUACCUCUUGGUGUGGGGUCCGCACAAGAUGCGUUUUGGGUUCCUCGGCGCACCGAUGGCGAGUGCGAUUUCCAUGUGGCUCAUGGCCGUUUUGUGCAUGCUGCAGUGCGCUUUGGUUGCACACAAAAACGGGACUUGGGGCGGCUGGUCUUACAAGGCAUUCGAUCCAGCAGGCCUGCGUGUGUGUGUCGCGCUUGGGUUUGCCGGCGUGCUUUCCCUCGCGUCCGAGUGGUGGGCGUGGGAAAUUGUUGGCCUCGUAACCGCCGCACUGGGCACGACGUCACUUGCGGCCCAGUCUGUGCUGCUCAUUACCUCUUCGGUGACAUACCAGCUCCCUUACGGUGCUUCCGUUGCCGCAGCGGUGCGUGUAGGCAAUUUGCUAGGCGGUGGGCACAUGAGCGACGCGCGGCUUGCGAGUCUUGCCUCCUUGCUCCUCUCUGUGAUCAUCGGCAUGCUCAACUCCUCGGUUGUGUACGUCUCACGGGACAAAUGGGGCUACCUGUUUAGCAAUGACGUCGAGGUUAUCCGUCUCGUUGCCUCUGUUCUUCCUAUCUUGGCCAUAUUCCAGUGCGCCGACUGUAUUUGCGGCGUCGCUGGCGGAAUUUUGCGCGGCUCAGGGCGCCAAUCCCUCAGCGCAGCAAUCAAUCUCACGUCGUAUUACGUGAUUGGCAUGCCCAUGUGCCUGUUCCUUGCGUUUGGGCCGCUUCAUAUGGGCCUGCGGGGUCUCUGGUGGGGCCUCACGGUCGCAUUGGUCUACGGCGCAGGCAUCGCCUUGUUCUACGUGUGGUACACAGAUUGGACAGACGUAAUGCACAGGCUGCAUCGGAGCAUGUCUGUCGAUGACGAGCACGUGUAA